AUUCAUUUAUAAAAUACUACAAAAUAUAACAUCAUUUGCGCAAAGUGCAAGAAACGGGUUGGCAAGCAAUGAGAUACUAUAAGGACUAAUAGGUGAUUAUUGUCUUUUCAAGGAUUUUAAGGAGAAAAACUCAUGCAAGACACUUCCUUUUAGUUGAGUCUAUUUGCCCUCUUGAGUAGUCGUGAGAGAGAGGGACAUUAGGUGAGAAUGAAGUUCUGAUCUGAUUCAUAGAAAAGAAAAAGAAAGAAGGUUUGGUAAAGGAGGGAAAAACGACCCAAUAUGAUCCCCUUUUUAGGAAUUUGCUCAAGAUCAAUUUGUCCGCUUUGAGUUUGUGGAUUCCAUUCUGCUUCACUUAUUUUAUUUUCUUUUGUUGAAGUUUCAUCUGUUGUUGUUUUCUUUACAAAUAAAAAACUCAACAAAAAGCACAAACAAACAAUUUCUUUCAUUCUCGUCUUCCCUUUCUUUUUUUUCCAAUUGGUAGUGCUAGUCAAGUCCAUUUCACCCCCCUUCAACACUACCACAACAAUUCUGGGUAUUAUCCCCCCACAUUCUGCAUCCGUCCAAUCUUUCACAGUCGCAAAAUUUUCAGUGUCUCCACUCUCCCUAAAAAUCAUUCCCACCCUUCUCACUCUCAUGGAUCUGUCUCUCCAGUAACCUACACAGAAACCCCUGAAGAACCAAAAAAAAACAUCAUAUCAUACAUUUCAUUUGCAGAGAAAAAAAAAUGUCAUCGGCAGAAAAACCCAGCUCCAAAGGACAAGCAUGGUUGGAUACUAUAUUACUAUCUUCCUUCAAGCUUUUCAUUUUUAAAAUUUUUUUCCUCACAAUUUCACUCUGCAGGUUCUGCACAACGGGAUUGCCAAGCGACAUUGUGGUGGAAGUUGAUGACAUGACAUUCCAUCUCCACAAGUUUCCUCUCAUGUCAAAAAGCCGAAAGCUCCACCUUCUAAUUACGCAGCAAGAGGCGGCGACUCAUUCCUCUGCAGCACAGCAGCAGCAAGAAAACGAAGAUGAAGACGAAAUCGUGGAAGAGCAGUGUCACGUGACCUUCACGGGCUUCCCGGGAGGCUCUGAGGCGUUCGAGAUGGCUGCGAAAUUCUGUUACGGCGUCAAGAUCGACCUGACGCCGUCCAAUGUGGCGGCGCUCCGGUGCGCCGGGGAGUUUCUCGAAAUGACCGAGGAUUACUCCGAGGACAACCUCGUUUCAAAGACGGAGAGGUUUCUAUCGCAGCACGUGCUCAAGAGCCUCAAGGACUCUGUCAAGACGCUAAAAUCGUGUGACUCCUUGAUGCCUAUGGCGGAAAAUCUCGGAAUCACGCAGAGGUGCGUUGAUUCCGUGGUUUCCAGAACUUCGUCUUCGGAUCCUGCAUUGUUCGGUUGGCCGGUCAGCGACGCUUCUUCUGCGUCCAAACAGGUCAUCUGGAAUGGACUCGAUGGUGCCGGAAGAAGAAAGGCAAGCGCCGGUGCCGGAGAGUCUUGGUUUGAAGAUCUGGCGCUUCUACGGUUGCCUCUGUUUAAACGAUUGAUUCUGGCGAUGAGAACUGCGGAGCUGAGUCCUGAGAUUAUUGAGACGUGUGUGAUGUAUUAUGCUAAGAAGUACAUUCCUGGAGUUUCGAGAUCGAAUCGGAAACCGUUACCGUCGUCAUCUUCUUCUUCAUCCGUUGCGACGGAGGCGGAGCAGAAGGAGAUUCUGGAGACGUUGGUUUCGAAUCUUCCGCUGGAGAAGAGUUCGAAGGCAGCGACGGCGACGAGGUUUCUUUUCGGAUUGUUGCGAACGACGAACAUACUGAACGCUUCCGAAGCCUGCAGAGACGCGCUGGAGAAGAAGAUAGGGCUGCAGCUCGAAGAAGCCACGCUUGACGACCUUCUCGUGCCGAGCUACUCGUACCUGAACGAAACGCUUUACGACGUCGAUUGCGUGGAGAGGAUUUUGAGUCAGUUCUUGGAAGGUUUAGAAGCGAGAACCGCCGCGGAAACGACGGAAGACGCGGCGGCGACGAGGUCGCCGGCGCUUAUGCUCGUCGGAAAACUCAUCGACGGUUACCUCUCCGAGAUAGCUUCCGACGCGAAUCUCAAGCCGGAGAAGUUCUACAAUUUCGCCAUCUCGCUUCCCGACGAGGCCAGACUCUUCGACGACGGUCUCUACCGCGCCGUCGAUGUGUAUCUCAAGGCACAUCCGUGGGUUUCGGAAGAGGAGAGAGAGAAAAUUUGCGGAUUGUUAGACUGUCAGAAGCUGACGCUGGAGGCGUGCACGCACGCGGCGCAAAACGAGAGGCUUCCGCUGCGCGCGGUGGUUCAGGUGCUGUUCUUCGAGCAGCUUCAGCUACGACACGCCAUCGCCGGAACGCUGAUGGCGGCGGAGGCAGCCGCGGAGCCUGGGCGGCAGUCGGCGGCGCUGGAACGGGAAGCGGAGGGCGGCGGACGAGAAGGAUUAGGGUUAGACUUAGAGCACGUGCAGGAACGGAACGGCACGUGGCGCGUGCCGGUGAGGGAGAAUCAGGUGCUGCGCUUGGACAUGGAUAGCAUGAGGACGCGAGUGCAUCAACUGGAACGCGAGUGUUCCUCUAUGAAGAGAGUCAUCGCCAAGUUUGACAAGUCCGACGGCGGCGCCGCCGGUGGUUGGAGGGCGUCGCUGGGCCGGAAAUUCGGUUGCAAGUUUAAGACUCAGGUUUGUGAUUCGCACGAGUCAACGGCUGUUGAUACCCGCAAAGGACGCCAUCACCAGCAGCAGCAGCCGCAGCAGCAGCAGCAUCCCCAUCAUGUAUAGUCACCAUGCUAAACUUCCUCCCCUCACGUGAGAAUCAUUGUUGGAGUAAAUUUCAUACGGGUCCCACUUGUAAUUGUUCAUUUUUUUUUUCUUUAAUUUUCCAUAAUUUUAAUUUCAAUUGAUUAAUAGUAUAAUAACUUUACUUUCUCGAAUUAUUCGGUAUAUGAAAAUAUGAGAUGAGCUUGAAAUUAAAUUACUAA